AUGUGCCUUCUCUCCUUCCUCAACAGCUUCGUGUUCCUGCUACCGGCUAGCUCUGGAGAAAAGAUGGGCUACCUUAUGUCUGUCUUUGUGUCGAAUGCUCUCUUCCUCAGCCUCAUCCAUGAUACCAUGCCAUCAACCUCUGAUUCUGUUCCGAAACUCUCUCUCUACCUCACCGGUAUCCAAAUACAAGGCUUCCUCGCUAUUGCUGCCACCAUCUUGGUACAGAACAUUUACCACAAACAUCAGAACGCUUUGGAGAAAGGUGCCAAUUCACGUUUAAACCAAGUCGUGCCUCUUGGUUCAGCUGACAACGCAGGAUCUAGCACACCAGCAUCCCUUCCCAAACAUGGAGACAGUCAACCUUCAAAUGGGCAGUGCAUGAUGAGGAAGCAUGGUGUACCACUUGACAGACUUCUGGAUGUCUGUGUUGACAGUGUGGCUGACUCGAGAGAGAGUGUCAAACAACUGAGAUCGUAUCUUGAAACCCGCUUCAACCCAGAAAUUCCACCCAUCGACCCAAACACAAAUGUCAUCAACGUUGAUGUCACGAUUGGCCCUCUACAGGUUCAGGAUCUAGUUGAUGCUACCCAAGUCCUUAAAUUCAGAGUGUUUGUGAUGAUGAGUUGGAAGGACUCAUCACUUGCUUGGAAUGCCUCGGACUACCCAAACGUUUUAGAAAUAGAAGUCGCGCCACAUAAAGUUUGGCGUCCUAACGUGUUCUUGGUUAAUGCUGCUGCCGGCGAUGGUCCUUUAUCGACAAUGAUGCCAAUGACGCUGUUCAUGAAUGGAUCUCUCUACUGGCAGAACAUAAUGAUGGUCUCCACAAUUUGCAAAACCGACCUAUCUCGAUAUCCAUUUGACAACCAGACAUGUGACCUGAUAUUUUCAACGGCUUUUGGAUAUCCCACAUUUCUACAUCCAUUUGUGAAUUCAAAUUCAUAUGGUUUAAAACUUAACACCAAUGGAGAGUGGCAAACUGUCGACAUAACUCCCUCGGACUCUUCACCUCAUGAAGACCUGCCGUACCAAGCUGCUAUAUUUAACAUCCAUCUGUCCAGAAAGCCAUUCUUCUACAUCCUGAACUUCAUUUGUCCGAUGUGCCUUGUCUCCUUCCUCAACAGUUUCGUGUUCCUGCUUCCAGCAAGCUCUGGAGAAAAAGUGGGCUACCUUAUGGCUGUCUUUGUGUCGAAUGCUCUCUUCCUUAGUCUCGUCCACGAGAUUAUGCCCUCAACUUCUGACACUAUUUCACACCUAUCCCUCUACCUUGUUGGGAUUCAAGUCCAAGGAUUCCUCGGAAUUAUUGCCACCAUUGUAGUACAGAAUGUGUACUCUCAAAAGAAGAACACCAAGGAAGAUGAAGAUCAUGAAAAGUCAAACCAAGCACACGCAGGAUUGAAGCUGACUCAG